CUCCUUUUGUUUGAAAAGUGUUUUUUGAGUGAAAAAUACAUUUCAUUGCAAAUCGCGAACCAUUUGAUCGCUCACUGAAUCCGACCAUCAAUUGACUUCAUAAGCGGCGCUCAAAGGGAUCCGUUUCGGUGACACACAAUGCCGCCGAAGAAGAGGACGACAAAAGGUAAAGGAAAAAGUGGUGACAACUCGAAGAAGAGGAAGAAGAGAGACUCGUUCUCGUCGUCGGGCGACGACUUUGAUAGCGAUUCCGGUGCCAAAGGAGAUGGUAAUCACUCGGUCUUUAAGGACAACAACGGAUCCAACGCCCACUUGGAUGAAGACAACGGCACCGACGAUGUGGCGCUUCAGCCAAAACUGCCGGAACUGUCGGGUCGGCUACUGGUGUGCGGCGGAACCAAUUGGGAUCUCAUUGGACGCAAAGAGUUGCCCAAAGCGGCCAAAAAUGCCGCCCAAACUGCUCCGGGCAAAAACUUGUGGUCACCGCAUAAGACUCCGUACAGAGUGCGAGCGCUGGUGUCCUCGUGUACGGCCUGCCACUCCAUGAUCAUCACCGACGAGGGAAAGGCCAUGACAUGGGGUCGCAAUGACAAGGGACAGUUAGGUCACGGGGAUGUCAAGACUCGCAACGAGCCCACGCUCGUCGAGGGGCUGUCCAGUCAUCAGAUUGUUGGCGGCGCUGUCGGCCGAUCGCACACUCUGUUCCUCACAUCUAAGGGACAGGUGUUUGCGUGCGGCGACAAUAAGAUGGGACAGUUGGGUAUUGGCACUCAGAGCCAGUCGGUUAUGGUUCCCUCGCGGGUCUUAUACAAAGGAAAGCCAAUCGUGAAGAUGUCGUGCGGCGCGGAGUUCAGUAUGAUUUUGGACGCCGUCGGAAACCUAUACUCAUUUGGUUCUCCAGAAUAUGGACAGUUAGGCCAUAACAGCGAAGGCAAGUACUUCGCGUCGGGCAAUAAGCUCGCCUACCGGUGCGAACUGACGCCCAGAAAACUGGUCUUCUUUAUCGAGAAGACACGUGAAGGACAUAUACUUCCGCUCGAAGACGUCUCCAUUGAAGAGGUCGCCUGUGGUGUCAAUCACUCACUGGCUGUCGACCGUAAAAAGAGGUGCUUUUCGUGGGGCUUCGGUGGUUACGGACGGUUAGGACACACAGAGACAAAGGAUGAGUUGAUGCCGAGGAAUAUAAAGACAUUCGAUUCGCUGAAUCGUGGAGUGAAGCACAUCUUCUGCGGCGGAACCUUCUCGAUGGCUAUCGAUGAGAACGGUUUGCUGUACUUCUGGGGACAGAAUAAGUCUUCGGGAGAGGCGACGAUGUAUCCCAAGAACGUACAGGACUUGAACGGCUGGAAUGUGCGCGCAAUUGGUUGCGCCAACAAAUCCAUUGUCGUGGCCGCCGAUGAGAGCCUCAUCUCAUGGGGACCGUCGCCCACAUACGGCGAAUUGGGUUACGGCGAGAAUAAAGCCAAGUCUUCGACGACACCCCAAGAGGUGAAGCCUAUGGAAGGCAUUUACACACACCGUGUGACCUGCGGUUUCGCUCACACACUCAUUAUGGCCAGGGAUGACAGCGAUCAGGACAAGGAGACUAUAGACAAACUGCCCAAGCCUAUGGAAGGCAUUUACACACACCGUGUGACCUGCGGUUUCGCUCACACACUCAUUAUGGCCAGGGAUGACAGCGAUCAGGACAAGGAGACUAUAGACAAACUGCCCGUUUGGCCCUAA